AUGUCCCGCUAUUUCCAUACCACUGCGCUAGUAGCAGCCAGAAAGCGGAUUCCGCCUACCGUUAAACUGAGACCACCUAUUUUGCCCACCAUAAACAACAUCACUGUGAAGGAGGACCAUCCGCUGUGGCAGUUCUUCCACGAGAAGAAGUUCGUCAGAGACCAGUCAGAGGUCGCUUUCACUGGCAGAGCUUGGUCUGUGCAGGAGCUUAGACGAAAGUCAUGGGAAGAUUUGCACGGUCUGUGGCAUGUGUGCUUGAAAGAGCGCAAUAAACUGGAGAGAGAAAUCCACAUUUUUCGCCAGCAGGGAGACAACCCAGUGGGCAGCGAUUACCAGAAGCUGAACGAUGAGAUUCAUAAGUCCAUGUGGAGAAUCAAGCAGGUGCUGACGGAACGCGACCAUGCGCUGAAAAACGCCCAGAAAGAGUUCAAAGUCAACGGAGACCAGUAUCUGCAAGAGUUCAGAGAAAAGUACCUUACGGCGGAAAAUGUUGAGACAAACGAGUGGUAUGACAAGCUAGAGAGACUGCAGCAAGCUAUUUUCGGCAUUCCAGAGUUUCUGGACGCAGAUUUCAAGGUCGAUCUCAGAUUUGUCCAAGGUGUCAAAUACAUCGGCCAGCUCAAGUUCGAUAGGUUUGCCGAGCAAAUCGGCCGCACAGACCUGGCGCCCCUCAGAGACGUGGCAGAGCUGUACACUCUAUUUGAAGAGAGCGCGAGCGCAGAAGGUGUGGCUGAGGCAUGUGCCAAGAUCGACGAGUAUAGAGAGAACGAUAUUGUGAUUCCUGCCUCCAAAGAGGUCCAGGUUGUCCAGGGCUUUGUGCAGGAAAAGCUAGAGUCGCUUGAGGCCGAAUAGAUGUACAUAGUUAAAAUUAUAUCUCUAUAUGCUGUAUCUGUGAGAGGACCUCGGAGAGCUUAGAAGCAAGAGCUUCCCAUUUGCGCUUGCUCUCCUCGAUCUGCGUCUUGAAAUUCUCGCACUCGGCAAUCUUUGCAUCAAUUUGGGCCGUCAGCUGCUGGAAACUCUGCUGGAACGAAGCGCUGCUAAGCUGGAACUCGUAUACGUUAUUACUGACCUCGCGACCAUUUUUUAUGAUCGACGCCGCGUCGAUCUCCUCGCCAAAAAGCGUCUCUAUCUCUUCUCUGGUCAAUGUGAUUGUGCGUGAGCGACGUAGAUACUGCUGGACAACAGAGUUAAUCUUGCGACGGUUCUUCAGCAACUCCUUGGCAUUUUCGAUUUUCUUUGUGAGCUGCUUGCUUUCGUCCACUUCUUUGUCGAUGUACGCGAGAAGCUUGGCGUUGAUAGACAUCUCCAUCGCCUCGGCGUCCUUGCUUGCAUUCUUGUACUUUAGCGAGUCCACCAGGAGGUUCAGAUUUGUUCUGAACCGCGCUAGAUCCAAUUCGGCCUGCGAUUUGCUCAGCUCCUCUGAAUCCACAGAAACCAGUCUGUUCUCACGUGCAGCAGCAAGAUACCCCAGUAGCCUGCUCUUAAGCUUCACAUAGGUAUCCACCUCCAGGUCGAGCACGCGCCGCCUGUUUUUCAUCGCAAUCUGCUGCUCGUACAAUGCAGACAUUGAAUUU